CAUCAUCUUCUACACAUCCAGACACGUCCCAAGAAGUGACUAGCAGCAGUAUCCAUGAUGAAGAGGCUCACCGUCGCCUCCCUCUUCUUCACCGCCAACGUGGACGCCGCCCCAGGCCUGUCGUCGCCACCUUCCAUGUCCUGCGCAUCGUCCGGCACGGCCACUUCGUGGCAAUGGCCUUCCUGCACGCAGGCCAGGACCAUGUCGUUCGGAAGGGACGACAUGGGCAGCCACAGCGCGGAGGUACCAUCGACGCGCCAGGACUACAACACGAGGGUGAUAAUGAACCCUGCCUACCGCGACGACUCGGCUGCGGUCGAGCACUCCUUCCUCUCCGCCACCGUGUCUUCUGCUUCCACCACGGCGCCGGAGCCGGCAUGCGAGGUGGACGAGGUGAUCAUCCGGGGGAUACGGUCGUCCAGCCGCCUCUUCUUCGAGCCUGAGGCGACGAGCUCCAUCCUUACGAAGCCGAGCGCUGAGGGGUGCGGGGAGGUGGAGUUCGGCGGGGCGAGAGCGGUGGCCAUCGACUCGGCUGACCCGUACGGCGACUUCCGGCGGUCGAUGGAGGAGAUGGUGCUGAGCCACGGCGGCGGAGGCGGGGACGACUGGGCGUGGUUGGAGGAGAUGCUGGGGUGGUACCUCCGCGCCAAUGGCAAGAAGACCCACGGAUUCAUCGUCGGCGCCUUCGUCGACCUGCUAGUCGCUCUCACCUCCGGCAAGCAGAAUGACAAGUGCUAGCACCAAUCAUCUUCAUCUACAACAUCCUACCGUGUGUGCGUGCAUGCAAUUCUUAUGAAAACUUUGUGCCAAGGCAUUCAUUCGCAGCAUCUUCCAGGAAUUCAAGUCUGAAUGAUCGAGAGGUGUGCUGUGUUUGCUGAGACUUGUGAGAGAAAGUUGGUGACUGAGCCAUAUGUAGAUACAGCAUGAUCUAGCUUAAUUGAUCGAUUAAGUUAUGUAGAAGUUGACUGUUAAAUCAAUCAAUGAUUGUACAUUUCUAGUUAGCUAGUGCUACUGCUACCAUGUACUAUCCUGAACAUGUGGCUACUAGUUGGCCAUUGUUUUUCCACCGUCAAGCAGUGAUCCAAAUA